GAAAAAAUCAAACUUUUAACUUAUAAAUCCUUCGCAACUAGCAAGUGUUCUUGUCAUUCCCCUCUCCCUCGCCCCUCCACAGCCACAAAACGGCAAUGUAUGUUUCAGUUGCCACCCAAAAUGCCGCCCCCACUGCUACCCGUCGGUCUGCAAAUUACCAUCCUAGCGUUUGGGGAGACCAUUUUCUCAGAUAUGCUUCUUACACUAAAGAAAUUGAUACUCAUUCAGAGCAACAACAUCAACAACUAAAAGAAGAAGUGAAGAAGAUGCUAGGCACGGUUGCUAAUAAGCCUUCACAGCAACUGAACUUGAUUGAUGCAAUCCAGCGUCUAGGCGUGUCUUACCAUUUCGAUACUGAGAUUGAUUCAGUUUUAGGACACAUUUAUGAGUGUUGUACUAGUUGUGAUAAUAAAGAUGACGGUGACCUUUACACUUCAGCCCUUCGUUUCCGAUUGCUUAGACAACAAGGACAUAAUGUCUCUUGUGAUGUGUUCAAGAAGUUUAAGGAUGACGAAGGGAAAUUCAAGGAAUCCCUCAACACUAACGUUCAGGGACUGUUAAGCUUGUACGAAGCAACACAACUCAGGGUGCAUGGAGAAGGUAUACUAGAAGAAGCACUAGCAUUUACUACCACCAACCUCAAGUUCUUGUUACCCCACUUGACCAAUCCUCUGGCUCAACAAGUAAAACAUGCUCUACAAUGGCCCAUCCGCAAAUGCUUAACAAGGCUAGAGUCGAGGCAUUACAUGUCUAUUUACCAAGAAGACAAUUUGCAUAAUCAAGUAGUACUAAACUUUGCAAAAGUGGAUUUUAACCUAUUGCAGAAAGUGCAUCAGAAGGAGCUAAUUGGUAUUACAAGGUGGUGGAAAGAUUUAGACUUUUCGAGAAAAUUACCUUUUGCAAGAGACAGAUUGGUGGAGUGCUACUUUUGGACAUUGGGAGUGUACUUUGAGCCCCAAUAUUCCAUUUCACGAAAGAUAUUAACCAAAGUAAUUUACAUGACUUCCAUUGUGGAUGACAUCUAUGAUGUAUGGGGAACCCUUGAAGAACUUGUGCUCUUCACUGAUGCAAUCGAAAGGUGGGACAUCAGUGCUUUAGAUCAACUACCAGAAUAUAUGAGAUUAUGUUAUUGUGCACUCUUAGAUGUGUAUAGUGAAAUGGAGAAAGAGAUGGCCGAGAAAGGCAAAACAUAUUGCGUCAAUUAUGCUAAAGAAGCAAUGAAAAAAUUAAUUAGAGCAUACUUUCAAGAGGCCAAGUGGUUUAAUGAAGGCUAUGUUCCAACAACGGAGGAGCAUAUGGAGGUGGCGCUUGUUUCCUGUGGUUACAUGAUGCUUUCCACCACUUCCUUUGUUGGCAUGGGAGAACUGGCAACCAAGGAGGUCUUUGAUUGGGUUUCCAGUGAACCUUUGAUUGUUAGAGCUUCAUCCGUAAUUAAUAGACUCAUGGACGACAUGGCUGGACACCAGCAUGAGCAAGAGAGAGGACACGUAGCAUCAGCUGUGGAAUGUUACAUGAAACAACACGGUGCUUCAAAGCAAGAGGCGUAUGCUGAGUUUGACAAACAAGUUACAAAUGCAUGGAAGGAUAUAAACCAAGAAUGCCUACAUCCAACCGCUGUCCCGAUGCCUUUUCUAAUGCGGGUUCUCAAUCUUGCAUGCUUCAUGAAUCUUCUCUACAAGGAUGGAGAUGGGUAUACAAAUUCCAAAACCAAGUGUAAAACCUAUGUAACGUCGCUUCUUGUUGAUUCCGUGCCAAAAUGACGUGGACGUAACCAUUGAGAAGGUGCUGCUCCGAGUGUCUGGGUUGGAUCUUGGAGUCGCUGGUGUCCGUUAGUACUCUCACGUGGGGAGGCUCAGUUGCUUUAGAACAGUGAUCACACGCCUCUCGGACUCACAUGCCAACUCAUUUCAAAUUAAUAUAUUUAGUUUAUAUAGAUCACAUGUUUAUACAUUUUCUGUAUUUAUUUAUUUAAAUUGCAUGUUAUAUGAUCUAACUAUUAUUUGCAUGCUUUAUUUCGAAUUUUAGAU